AUGGCUCCCGAGGGGACGGUGCUCCGAACUCUGCGACCUCGACCUCGACCACCACCACCACGACAGACAAUCCCAUCGAUUGGCUCUGGAUCGCCAGAAUCCUCGAAAGACAGCGCCGAUAUCGCCACAGAUGAUGACGCCAGGGCGAGCUUGAACGCCGCAGAGGAGCCCAGUCCAAAUUUACCAUACCACAGAGUUUCCGCUGAGGUGACCGACACAGACCCCAGGCCCGGUCGUAAGACGUCCAAGUUUGUCAACGAACAGCUGGCAGCAAUAACAACACCUGACCGCACUCUAGUUGCCGAGAAGACUAUCGCGAACCUUCCUUUGAUAAAAAGGGCGACUCGCGCUGUUGCCCGCAGCAGGCCCGAGAGUGCGGCCCCGACCCAGAACUUGGGAAAGGCCCGCCGCUACGAGGAGACCCUAGAUGCCGCCUGGGGUGGCAGAGCCUGGCUGCCGCCGCCAUUGUUCAGCCGCAUCCGCCCCGGAAAAGUCGGUCGGGCUGAUCACAAGCUAUCAAUCAAUUCACUCAGUUACAUGGCCACUCUGGCCCGUCUUUGCCGCGAAGCCGACAUCGAUGUGCGCACGUGGUACGACGAGGGCGGACUCCUCCGCGAGGCCGCCGUGCUUUGCCAUGGUCAGCCAAUUCGGUGGACGAAAGCAGUCUCGAAACGCGCUGUGCAACUUCUCCGCGAGCGGGGUGGGGCGAUCUCUUCCGCUUCUCAAGAUCAAAAUCGCCAGUCUACGGCUAACGACGAGGUCGCUCGGCAUGCAGCAGCAGCAGCAGCAGCAGACCACAGCAGCGACGACGAGAGUCUGGGAAGCACAAGCAUGAAUUUAGCGACAACUCGGUUGCGCCAAGUCUACUCUUCUCCUUUGUACGGGCCGAACCAGGUUUCCGUGAUCCAUCACGAGUAUAUCCGCGCAUCCACCGUCAGCUCGAUGCAAGAUCGCGACUACGACGACGAUUUCAGCAACUUUGACACCGACGACGAUGAGCCCCCCUUCACCAACAUCAGAAACGACGGGGACAGCGUAGAAGCCGUCGUGGAUGUCGCUGAUGCUGUCCAAGACAACGAUGCCGAGUCAGCGGCAGAAGCCAACCACGUCGUCAGCGACUCCCUCGUCGGAAAUCCAUCGGAGGAAGCUAACAUCCCAAUACUAGAAAAUCUGCCCAUCGCAUUCAAGACUCUCCCAAAAGCAGUCAAUCAACUGAGUAAUAGGGAUCGGUUGACUGACGACAGCAUAUAA